AGCCACCAGAGGAUGUUUUGGGUAGCAAAGAUGCUUGCUCUGGCUUUGAGUAGUUUCCUAGGAAGGGCAAGGGGCUUUGACAUUGGAUUAUCCACCAAAUGUGUGGCCAUACCUCAGGAGAUGGCUAUGUGCCAAAAGGUUGGCUAUUCCGAAAUGAGGCUUCCCAACCUGCUGGGCCACACGAGCCUGGAGGAGGUGGUGCUGAGGGCUACGGCCUGGCAGCGCCUGGCGCGCACUGACUGCCACCCUCUCGUGAGGACCUUCCUCUGCUCCCUCUUUGCUCCUGUCUGUCUGGACACGUUCAUCCAGCCCUGCAGGAGCGUGUGCGCCGCGGUGCGGGAGCGCUGCGCCCCGCUGCUCGCCUGCCACGGGCGCCGCUGGCCCCGCGCCCUCGACUGCGAGCGCUUCCCCGCCGGCGAGGACAGGUGCCUGGCAUCGCUCGCCAAGGAGCACGGGCACCCGCACAAAGUGCUGCCAAAACCUGCAUGCCAGAGCUGCCCGGCAGUGGAGGAAUUCUUUAUGCACAAAAGAGCACUUGAAGUUUUCUGUGACAAUAACUUUGCAGUGAAAGUAAAGCUGUCCAAAAAGAGAACAGUCCUUGGUCACCAAGAUUUUAACUUUGAUUGUCAAGUGGAAUUCAUUAUCCAGGGCUCCCUUCUGCCUUAUGAAAUGCAGAAUAUGAUACAACAGUGGCUGCUUAUCAAUGAAAACUGCACGGAGAGGAUGUCGCAGCCCCAUCGUCCCAUGGUGUAUCUCCUUGUGGGGAACAUUGAAGAUGGUGUCAUUUUAGUAAAUAACAUUUAUCGUUGGCAUAAGAGGGACUCCCAGCUGACUUUGGCCACUCAGAAGUGGAGAUACCACAAAUGCUUGUAAAUAUUUAUCUUAUUAUCUGUAAAAAAGAUUAUUACACUUCUCAUACCUAUCUUGUAAAUAGAAAUGUACUAUAAGUGGAAUGUAAAGUCUUCUUUUCCUUUUAAAAUGUAUUAUAAGCUGAACUCAACUCCAUGUAAACAGACCCGUUUUCUCUGAUGUUCUAUUUGUGCACAUCAAGUUUGAACUCAGAUCAAUCAGAAAAAUGUUUUAUAUUUCAAAACUGUUUUAACAUAUGUAAAUAUGUAAAUGUUUAAGAUGAAUGCCACGUACAUUUAAUGUAGCUUUCUGAACUGUCCAUCCUGCCCUUUCCUUGGAGUCAUCUACGUUUUUCCUUAGUGUUUACUGCAUCCACUUCAUGUUUUCCCAUUAGAACACUGUAAAAGAAGGCAGCCCUCUGCCGGCCACUUCUGCAGGAAUCAGAAUAAACAGGAAUAAGUAACUGUAAACACACCCUGCUUGACCCUAACCACAGGAAGAUUUGGUUGUUUGGUGUCACUUUGCAGUGACAGUGUUGACACUAUCUCAGAGAUAAUGUGACAGCAUAGGCUAAGCGCAUUCUUGAAUUUUUUUUUCCCCAGGAGUGACCAUCCUGACCUUACAUGAUUCAUCUGGACUCUCAUCAGGCUCCUCUAAUGAAUUGUCCAUUUUCAUUUUC